AAUUGGGGGUUCCCUUAUUACGCUUGUAACGAAUAUCCAUAUUUUGCUCGCAGUUCACGGGCAACGGUGACUAUUCUUGCAUGGCACAAAGCAUUCUAAACGGCUGUGCCGGCUGCUAUUUCAAAUAACUUGUUACAAAAUUAUAGUAAUUAAACAUAAUAGUUAUGUUACACAUAAUUCUCUAGAAAAAUGUUUAUUUUCUAAAACAACGUUUGAAAUAAUUUCAUUACUUCUUGUAUGGCAAGAUAGAUCUGAUAAAAUGAAAUAAAUAAGUGAUCAGGUUUGUCGUUCUACGAUAUGGAAGUAUUGGAAUUAGAUGUAUGGAAAGGUGAUUGGGGUCUACCAUCAGUCGAUGUGGAAUGCCUACAAGUUUUGGUUUACGCAAAAUUUAAUGGUAUACCAAUAAAAGUAAAUACUUCCGGUAAUCCUUUUAAUACGCCUCAUGGUCGGUUGCCUGUAUUGCGGACUACUGACGGAAGAUUCGAUACUGCUAGAGAAAUAAUACUGUAUUUUACAGAAACAUGUAAUACGACCAAAGAUAAAUUAACGCAAAAAGAAUUGGCAACUGUUAUGGCAUACAGUGAGUUGUUAAAAGAGAAAUUGUUUCCCGCACUGCAAUUUAUUUGGUGGAUAGAUAAAAAGAAUGUAGAUGAAUUAAUAAGGCCGUUUUAUAGUAGAUCACUGCCUUUUCCAUUUAAUUUUUAUUAUCCCGGAAAAUUUGAGAGACAGUCACGUACUUUGUUCGAGUGUUUGUACCCUACUGAAGAAAAUGUGACCGACAUAGAAAAUAAGGUAUAUUCUGAAGCACGAAAAUGCCUGACGCUCUUAUCUACAAGACUUGAAGAUUCAAAAUACUUUUUCGGGAAAAAACCUACUGUAAUAGAUGCCAUUUUGUAUUCCUACUUGGCGCCGCUGCUCAAAGUUCCUUUGCCAAAUCCAGCCUUGCAAAACCAUUUGAAGGCCUGUACAAAUUUAGUGAAAUACGUGUCGCGUAUAUCGCAGAAGUACUUUGAAAGUGAAUAUCAAGAAUAUGAGCAACGUAAAGCCGAAGAAAAUACACACAAAAUGAGAAGAGAUUCGGAAAGUGAUUUUCCUAAUAAAAGAAGAAACCAAGUUUUCGCUGGAAUCUUUGCUACUUUAGCAAUGGUAGUUUACGCGGUCUCAACUGGAAUAGUCAAGGUUAAACGAUACGAUUAUGAUUACGAUUAGACAUAAACAGCAGAGAUCUUUUAGUUUUCCGCCUGCAAUUUCGUUCAUUUCUACUCGUUAUCAUAAACUUCCUUCUAUCGUUUCCUUUUUUUUCCUAUUUAUGUUCAUUUUCGUGGUCUUUCCUGGCCAGCUCCUAGCUAUUAUAUUCAUCGUACUGAAGACAGUAAUAAGCAGUAAACGUUAUCACUUGUUCGUCGAUCCGUGAUUUAUCAGUUUUGUUAAAAGUCAAGUGAUCAACGUUCGACAACUAGUUCUGCCAUGGAAACUUGAUGGUUAUCCUCGCACGCUAAAAUGUUCGACACAUUCUUUAGUGAUAGACUUUACUCCAACAUGUAUUCACAAAUUCGAAUUAAUUUCGAUACUGGAUUUAUAAGUACAGUAGAACGUCUAUUAUAUGAACUAAUUGGGAGAAAAAAGUGUUCAGAUAAGUUAACAUAAGAAGAAGAAGAAGAAGACAAGCGAUUAACACUCAAUUUGAUUUAAUAUUUACGACGAACUGGAAUAAAAUUGAUAUCAGUUGUUUGUAAAUAUCUUAAUACAUAGAUUACAGAAUUUGAAUUUGAUUACAGUUACCCUAAAUAGUUUUUAAUGUCACGUUUCCGAAUUUUUGUAUUGAUGAUAGUUGAUUUUGCAACAACAUAUUUCUGUGUUAGAUUUGUUGUAUAUUUUGUUUCUUUCGUUAUUGUUACGAUAUAACGUUAUAUACCUAGUACUAUAUCAAUUUCAAACUAAAUUAUUGUGAAUAGAUUUUAUCGUGCAUAAGUACCGUUCGUUGCACGGAACCUGGCACUCUGGUCUGAGCGGUUAAAUUCGAAGAUGCACGUCGUUUCCAAAUGAUGUGAGAUGGAGAGAAUUGAUCCCUAAAUCCUGAAGCAUUAGCGUACUCUCAGUUUCUUUAUUUCUUACGCUUCAGAAAACCACUAACCUUGUUCUAUAAAAUGUAAUGAUAUAUUGUAUAUAACAAUUAAUACACUUACAUAUAAUUAUAUAUAAUAUGCUACAUAUAAUUUUGUACACUACUAUUUACACGUAGAAUAUUGAAUAUUCGUGGUAAAUCAAAGGACUCGUAGACCCUCUGUAAAUACGGUGGUCCUAAUCCUGUGCGAAGUAUGACGUCGAGAGCCUAAAUUGGGGACUUUUCGGAACCGUAAAGGAGGGAUGGGUGAACCUACCGAGCGAUUUCUGCUCCUAUGACGUUACGAGUGUUAGGUUUCGUGCAACGGACGAUAUAUGAACACUUUUGUACAUAUGUAAAUAUUUUUAUUGCAAUAAGUAUAUAUUGUAAUAGAAAAUGUAGUUCACAUAAGAGAAUUUAGAGUAUUUUAAUAUUUGAAAGAAUCCUAUCUCGUAAAAGUGAUACUUAAACUCUGACGAGAUGCAUUAAAAAUAUUAUGUGCAACAUAUAUCACGAUUUUAGCCGGACUCAAUAUUGGGAACAGAGGGUAGUUAUUGUUAUACUUUGUCUUUCAAAUUCUCAGAUUAACCAGCUCCCAGUCAUUUGCAAUUUUAAUUAUCCAAUGAAGCAGGUCUACAAAAUAAAGUAUCCGAAAUAUACUUGUGAAUAAUUUAUUACUUCCAAAAAUAGAAAUGUACAAUACUGUUUAUUUAUAUCCAUUUUAUUUGUAACAUUAUUAGAUGUGCAAAUAAUUUUGGUGCAUUUGUUUUUAAUUUUAAGUUUUUAUUACAAAAAUCGCAAUGCACAAUAUGGCGUCUAGAAAUAUUCAUAAUUUUUUAGUACCUUUCCUCAUCUACUAGGUAAAUUAUAAAUGUCUUUUCUAAACAGUGUGGCCAUAUCAGGACUUGUUUCUCACUUUUUGAAAACCGCUCGAUUAAAAUUAACUUUUUGUAUGAAAUCUAAUACACUACGAUAAUUAGAAGCAACGCUGUGAAACAGUCUCAAUCAGUAUUGUAGAUACCACCUUCUGCACGUUGUAUAAAAUAGAGCGUUCUUACCUAGCGUUGGCUGAACCAUUUCUGUGGUCUUAAUAGAUAAUUUCUUCAUGUGGAAAGUGAAAAAGAAUGCAAUUACACAGAUAAGUUUCUAACAUGCUGUGAUGUGUGUGACUGCCCCUUGAACUGGUAAAAUGUACAGCUGUCGUUAAUGGUGUUUUUUGUAACCAAAAGAACGUUUCUUUUCAGUUACCCCCAAGUGUGAGAAGAAAUUCGAGUUCAAACGACAAUUAUGAUCGAUAAAAAAAGGCACCGAACAUAUUUGCACACCUAAUACAGUGUGGGACAAAAUAAUACGCCACCUCUCAAGCGCGUAUUGUUCUGAAUACACUUAUAAGAUAAUGCAUAUUGUACUUCACAUUGUACGUAAACACUCGGAAAAUCAGUUUCCUAGAACUUGGUGUGCGAAUAUUACGGGAAGAAGUGUAAAUACGAGUUUCUUCUAGUGGGACAAAAUGAUACACCAUAGGUACAUUUUCAAGUCCUGAUUAGUUGUUUAUGAAAAAUUAUUCAGGACAUUACUUUUCAUUUUAGUUUAAAAAUUGGUUGAGCAAAAGCUCGAAACCAAAACGAAAUUGAUAAAAUUUUCUUACUUCAAUCUGAGAGGUAUUUCAUUUAAAAAAUCGUGAAAUUAUGUAGCAAUCACAUCAACCGUCCAGCCUGGAUUACACAGUAAUCUCUUUCGAAUUGUCCUACUGCUCGGAAUAGCGUUGGGACAACUUGAGUAUGUAGACACCAUUUUUGAAUCUCACGGCUCGCCUCUGUAGUUGCCUCUGUAGUUGCCGGAAAAGAGAUGGAAUGAGAGUCAAAGUAGCCGAGAAAUUUAACCUCUUAGGCACGGCGCGCCACUAUAGUGGCUUUCGCGAAUGUCAUCUUUCUGAACGACGCGCCACUAUAGUGGCUUUCGCGAUCACCCAUUUAGACUAUCCGAAAAACAUUUUCCAUCGUAUUGUAAGUCCAAAACAUCUAAAACAGCGUUACGAAAUUGUAUCGUAUGUUCAAAGAACGAUGUAAGACGAAAAUUGCGCUAUGAGUGUGAAGAUUGUGACGUAGGUUUAUGUGUCCUACCGCGCUUUAAAAUAUAUCAUACCCAAUUGUAUUAUUAAUUAUUAAAGUAAAUUUUUAAAGUUAAAUUAUGUGUAUCAUAUCUUUAAGAAAAAUUAUAAUUUAAUCAUUAAAAACUUCAUUCCAAUGUACUGGCGUAGAGAACAGCAUUGUCCGUCACACAUUGUAGUGUUGUAUCGUUUACAUGUAAUACGUGUUGAACUCUGCCGUACAGAGAAACAACCCCGCGCAAAAUUCAGCCGUGCCUAAGAGGUUAAAACCCAACGUAACGGUGUGUCAACACACAUAAGCAAACAUAUAUAAUACAAACGGCGAUUGGACAUUUUUAUUUUUAGCUUUUUCAGUAUGAAAUUUUUUUUAAUGUAUUAUAGGGAUUUUUCGAUUAAAAUUAAAUCAAACAUGAUAUGAUUUGGAUCAUAUUAACUUGCUUUAUUAACUUUCGUUAAAAAAUCUUGCCUGUUACAGAUCGACGAAGUAUUUGUAUGUAUGACCUUUUUCUUAAUUAGGGGAAAUGAUUGUUUUUAUUAAUAACUGAAUUACUUUCAAGUUUUACCUAUUCUAUAAAUCUAAUGAAUCUACUAAGUAUUCUACUAAUUAUAUACUACUCAUUUAGCUUCUGAAUUAUUUCUUAAUCAUUAAUUAUUAUAUUUAACUACUUUACUUGGUUUCUCACCCUUUAUUGGUUUGCUCCUGAAAAAAUUAUUUUAAUCAUUGCAUUAUGUACUGGAUGCAUGUCGGUGCCCUGUCACUGUAGAGUGACAGCCAAUUGAAGAUGUGCUCUAAUUCCGUGGUGGACCUGUCAUCUUUGCAGCCUUCAUAGAUUAUUUGUUAUUUGGAGGCUUAUCCUGUGGUUCUUUUUCUGCUGGAGUUUCUUUUUCGUAUUUCCCUCGGUUGUAGCUUCGAUUUCUUCACACGCAGAUAAAAAGUUAUUCACAUGUUCCAUUGAUGGUAGUUCAUCCGUCAUCUCACUUACUACACUUUGCAAGUCCAGUCUUUCUGUUUGUGUGCUCUGUGAUGAUUCGCUCGUAAGUAUUUUAUUCCAUGAAUUUCUUAUAUGAUUUGUCGUGAUGUCUUGUCAAAAUGCAUAGAUCAUAUCUAUGCAAUCCCUUAGUGUAUAAUUUGUAUAAAAUAUUUCCACAUCCUCGUAAUAUCUUUCCGUUUUUUCAAAGAUUCCUUGUUCCAUAAGCUGAAGGAUGGACGUCAUAUUCAGCGAUAAAUAAACAAUCUCAAAGUGAUCAAUAGGUUGUGAUGGUAGUUUACGUGUUUUUAAAUUAUCAAACAAUAGGAUAAUUUUUCCAGUUAAUCCUUUCUUUUCUUAAAAUUUCAGUAUCUCCAGCUUGAAAAGCUGAUGUCAAACUAAAUAUGAAGCUAGUCAAGCGACACAUCACGACUAUUUUGUCGAAAUAUUAAAUACAUAUACAUGGUCACAGAAUGUAAAAGGUGUAGAGAUGAUAAACUUAUCCUAACCACGCAUUCAUAGAACAAAGUUUAUUCAAAAGCGAAAACUGUACGUGGUAGUGUUCGUAAGUAAAAGACUAAUUUCUUUUUUAGACCUUUAUUACGCUACCUUUAUACACUUUUAGUCGUCGUGCUCACAUUUUAACUAACACCUGAUUUUCUUCGCAAUUUUUCGCUUAUGUUAUGCCUUGCUUCGUUGACUCGCGCCGUCGACCAUUCCCUCGUACGAAAAACUGUUUAGCACGACCUACUUUUUGCAAACAUCUGCAAAUGCUUGGGAUUCUAUACCAACUGUCGCAUUCGGCGUUUAUUGACCUUUUAUGUGUCGCUGCACUAUAAGUACAAAAAUUUUGGGCACAAGUGACCGUGACCGUAUUUCUAUUCUUCUCAGUAUUCUUGCAGCUUCCACGGUGUCCUCCUUAUAUGGUAAUUUCCCUGCCUAGCAGGAGCCCGAUAGUUUUUCGCCGAUUAGUGGAAGUCCCCGAAAGAGGCUUCCGUCAAUCAGAUAAUUUUGCUUUCUAAAUUGGUGAUGAUGCAGCAGGUGUUUUCCGGGCCAGCAUAAGUGCGGUGCGCGGUCUUGAGUACACGUAAACUUUUAUGUGUGGUUUUUGUUUUUGAUUAUGCAUUUUCUCGACGAUGAUGUUAAUCGUCGCUUCGAACUUUGAAGAUUUUGGUUGAUGUCGCAA